AUGGACUGUACAUUUUGCUCUAUUCCAGUGCCUGAUGACCUCUCCAUAGAAGAAAGAGAAGAGCUUCUAAAUAUUCGUCGCAGGAAAAAAGAACUGAUUGAUGAUAUUGAGAGAUUAAAAUUUGAAAUUGCUGAGGUUAUGACAGAAAUUGAUAAUCUGACUAGUGUAGAGGAAAGCAAAACCACACAAAGAAAUAAGCAAAUAGCCAUGGGAAGGAAGAAGUUCAACAUGGACCCUAAGAAGGGAAUACAGUUUCUGAUAGAAAAUGACCUCCUGCAGAACACUGCAGAAGACAUUGCACAGUUCCUUUAUAAAGGAGAAGGAUUAAAUAAAACAGUAAUUGGAGAUUACCUCGGUGAAAGAGAUGAAUUUAAUAUUAAAGUUCUUCAGGCUUUUGUUGAACUCCAUGAGUUCGCUGAUCUCAAUCUUGUACAAGCCUUAAGGCAGUUUCUGUGGAGCUUCAGACUCCCAGGAGAGGCUCAAAAAAUUGAUCGUAUGAUGGAAGCUUUUGCUUCACGCUAUUGCCUUUGUAACCCAGGAGUCUUCCAGUCUACAGAUACAUGCUAUGUGCUUUCAUUUGCCAUCAUUAUGCUAAACACCAGUCUGCACAACCACAAUGUAAGAGAUAAACCAACAGUUGAGAGGUUUAUUUCUAUGAAUCGUGGAAUUAAUGAAGGUGGAGACCUUCCAGAAGAAUUACUACGGAAUUUAUAUGAAAGUAUUAAGAAUGAGCCAUUUAAAAUUCCAGAGGAUGAUGGAAAUGAUCUAACACAUACAUUUUUUAAUCCGGAUAGAGAAGGUUGGCUGCUGAAAUUAGGGGGAAGAGUAAAAACGUGGAAACGGAGAUGGUUUAUUCUGACUGAUAAUUGCCUGUAUUACUUUGAGUACACCACAGACAAAGAACCUCGAGGAAUUAUUCCAUUAGAAAAUCUUAGCAUAAGAGAAGUUGAAGACCCUAGAAAACCAAACUGCUUUGAGCUCUAUAACCCCAGUCAUAAAGGUCAAGUAAUUAAAGCGUGUAAAACUGAAGCUGAUGGUAGAGUGGUGGAAGGCAACCAUGUAGUGUAUAGAAUAUCUGCUCCCACCCCAGAAGAAAAGGAAGAGUGGAUUAAAUCUAUCAAAGCAAGUAUCAGCAGGGAUCCCUUUUAUGAUAUGCUGGCAACAAGGAAACGAAGAAUUGCAAAUAAGAAAUAGAACGUGAUCAGCAACUUUUAUACCUGCAUCAGCCUAUAAAUGAACGUAUGGUUGAGUGAUAAUGUAAAAAUUGGACAAACUAAAUGAAGACAAGAACUGUAAAUUUUAUAUAUAAACACUUUACUAUGAUGUAAAAACUUGGCAAGACCUUUCAGGGUAAAUAGUUAUUGGCAUGUAAUUUGAAGUAAGCUUCAAAUCCCAGAGGAUAACUAUAAUGAACUUAAUUCAACUGAAAACAUGGAAGCCUUGUUUUACUUACAUUAGUCACAACUCCAGCUUACUUGGGUUGGGAAGGAAGGAAUUCAAGGCUAAUAGUAAAAUGUCCUAUACCUGUUAUUUGAGUGCAUUUCCCAUAAAAGGAGGAGUGAUUAUAAGACUUUCAUCUCUCACUAAAAUGCAGUACCAAAAGUGGAGUACAGUGUGAUCUAGCACUUAAUUUUUCAAGCAGAAAACCCACAAUCUGUUUUCAAAUCUUGUGUGUUUCGCAGUAAAUGAACAACUGAAUGCAGCUUUCAUUUAGGAUUUGCUCUCCUUCCUUGAUGGAAAUGGCUUUUCUUCAGAAAUGCAACUCGGUGGUAGACUGGCACCUACGUGGUUAGCUAGUUGUGCCAAAGGGUUUGGUCGAUAUGCACUGAAGUAUACACAGGUCCCAAUGGCAAAGGUUUGAGUCUGUAGCCAUGACACUAAUUACAGAUGUGGUUUGAUGUUUGCCAGUAGGCUAAAACUCAUUCCUGUCUGCUCAUACACUCACAAUAAGCAGUAAGAUUUAAUGACUGGUUUAAUCUGCUUUUUAUAUAGUAAGAUCCUUCUUACAUUUUAGAUAUGUUGUAGUUUAAUUAACACUAAGUUACUACUAAAAGAGUAAGAUGACAGGGCUUGCGUGGAUUUUUAAAGAGGAAAACCAGGAAGGUGAAAUUUUUCUGCAGGAUACAGCCCUAUAGAGUUAAGCAAGCAGGAUUCAUUCCUUUGCUUGAUAACAAACUUUGGACGUACCGAAAAGUUCAGUAUUUUUAUUGCGUUCUUAAAGGAGAUUUUUCAGAUCUGUGCUUCAGCAGUUGAAAUUGAAAAAAAUGAAUAGACAGCCUUAUUUUUACUUUAGAAAUUUUACACAUUGAUUACCUAAACUCCCCCACAAGCAUGUGUCUUUUGUAAUUUGUGGAAGAUCUUUCUGUGCUCCUACUGUUAGUCUUUCGGUAACAUGCAAACUGCUGUGGCAGAUUUUACUAAAAUGCUUUUCUAUUGAUGGUGCACUUACCAUUCUUAAGUUAAAACCCCUAAUUCCACAGUGGGGGCAAAAUCUGGGGGCUUUGGACCCUACUGCUUUUGUUAGUACUCAGUUUUUCACAAACUUGUUGAACCUGAGCCAUGCCUACUGUGCCAAUGAAUGCUUUGGAGACCCAAUACAUUGUCAAAACAAUUUUGCUUGUUGAAGUUACAGAAGCAUCUCUGGAUACAUGUUAGGGAAAUGUGCUGCACUGAUGAUACCACAGACUUAGUAAGUUCUAUUUCAAAUCUCUUUUUAACUGUAAGGGAGAGUGUGUUUCAUUGUUCCUGUCUUACUGAUUUGCCUGGUUUUGCAUGGGUUGUCAGCUUGUGAAUGUUUUGCUUUAUUGUAUGUUUGCAAAAAAGGCCGAGAGGAAAAGAACAAAGUAAACUAUUUUUACACCUUAGAUUUUCCCCAGAGAUUGUGGAAUUGCAGUCUACUUGGAUGGCUGUUCAAAUCUGAGUACUUUCAAGGGAUUGAAACUCAACCAAAGGAGGUAGAAUCCUUGAAUAAGUAUCAGUGUGGGGACAUGUUUGCUUAAUGGAACACAUUUAAACUCUUAAUUAGAAACAAAUUAAGUUGCAUGUCCUAUGUUUGCAAAGCAGAGUGAUUAUAGAGCUGCUGACAUCACUUGUUUUGAGUCUUCUGUUCCACAACUCCCAAGCUUUGUUUCCAACCAAUGCAUACAUCAGUUUUAGCUUUGGAUAAGUAGAUUUGUAAUGCAAAUAGUGCUAAGCCAGAACCAGUGGUACUAAUGAGUGUAAAGGUGAAAAGCAGCAAAUAAAUUAUUUCUGGAGAAAUGUGAGAUUACAAAAGCAUUAAAAAGUAAUGAAGCACUUUUGUAUCAAUUCUUAUCUUCUGAAAUAUCACCUUCAAGAAAAUCUAUUUAUUUAGCCAGGUGAGGAUGUCUGCCUGUAAGCAUGAAGGAAAUGCCUUGAGAGUUCAUUUGCUGUAUUUAGUUUGAAGUUCUUAUAUCCGGCAGAAAUACUUAUUUAGAGUAACAUGUAACUGAGGAUAUUAUAGCAGGAAAUAUAUUAUUUCUUAGCAUUAAAAUGCAACAUCUUAAACAGCUCUUUGUGGUGCUCAAUGUAUCUAUUUAAUUUACCAAAGCUAAUGGAAUAACAUUCUUGUGUGUGAUAAUAUUUGAUUUCAAAUGUUCUUUGUAACAGUAUUAACAGGGAGUGAAACUGGCCCAAGAUUUCCACCGGCCACGAGGCCAGUAAAACAAAGUGGCUUGUGAAAGUUUUGGCCAAAUUAGGUACUAUGCAUGAGGGUGAAGAAAAAUCUCUCGACCCUUCCCUUUUUUUAAUGGGCUUAAAGUCCAGGGGUGGCUACUAAGACGAGCUGCUCGGUGGCCUAAAGCAAUGUCUGUUAUGGUUUGGCCAUGCUGAGGAAAAGUCCUCUGGGGACAACAGACUUCUCCCUUCCUGUUGCACUGAAACUUGCAUUAAUUCAACUUUUUUUUUUUUUAACAUUGCCCUUUACAACUACAGGGGCCAGCAAGAGCCACUACUGCUUCUGCCAUGUGCGUGGCUUCUCACAGUGUCUAAACCAUUUGGCCACUAACAUCAGCCACGUUGCCAGUGCAAUCUAGGGAGAGAACUGUAUAUAAUACUUAAGCUCAGCUGGACUGACUUAAAUUUUACAAUAUCUGAUAAAAUAAGCUCUACAUCACUUAACAUUUUGAACCGUUUUAAACUGGUACAAAACUGAACCUUUGUAAACUGAGCAGCAUUUAUAAUGCUUCAUAUAUAAAAACAAUGCAUAUUUUUAAGAUUUAUUACAUAUCUAUGUAGAUAUGCUUGCUGGAAAAGCUAGGUCUGUUGUAGACCAAAUGCUACAAAUUAAGACUUGUGGCUUACCAGUUUCAUUUCUAUAUUUUCUUGGAAAAUGUUUCUAGCUAGAGUUUAAAUAUAAAAUGUAAAUACUGUACAGAUAUGUAUUGAUAUAUAAGUAUUUACUUGGUGUACACAAGUGAUUUGCAUGACAAAUACUCUGUAUCAAUCAUUGUUAAAAAUGUGAUGUUCUAUGUAAAUCCACUGCAAUAUUAAUGUUUUCAUUAUCAUUAAGACCUGUUGCUUAAAUCUGGAGAUUUUCUCAAAAAUAAAGUGUGAAACUA